AUGGGUGACGAGAUUGAGAAGAAUCUAGAGGCCAGACUAAACGAUACUAUCGAAGAAGCAGCCUCAGCCAAACUCCCUUUCCUAGCAAAAAUAGUUGGCCUCUCUACCAAGUUUCAGAAAUUGAAGGAAUCGCUCCAACCCACCACCACCGCACCACCACCGCCUUCAACGGUCGCCAAACUCAGCCGGGAAAAGCUCUACAACCUCAACAAUCUCUUAACCGAGUGGCACAUGCAGUCACAUAAUGUAAUUUCUAUUUUGAAGUUUGCUUCCAACUUAGAUCGGAUCAACCGUCAAGACAAAGACAAAGACAAAGACAAUGGCGUGGCUUCGAAUCGGGUACAACAAAGGGAAACUCAAGGGCCUGUUGAUGGAAACACCAAUAUGGGUUCAUCAAAUGUUGAAAUUUCUCAACAAUCGACCCAUGAGUCCAUCUCACAGGAUACCGAAACAGAGGCUUUUCGGUGGAGCGAUCGAUCUGUUGAUGAAACCAAGGUUCAUGGACUUGAUGAUAAAGUCAGGUCUCUGCAGAGAUUGCUUGUCCCAAACAACGAUGAUUCUGGGUUCAGAGCAAUUGGGAUUGUUGGGAUGAGAGGGAUCGGAAAAACAACACUCUGUCAAGUGAUUUUCAAGAAGCAAGAAGUGAAGAACCAUUUUCUUCCCAGAAUCUGGGUAUGUUCGAAACAACCCAAAGAUGAUCUGGACAAUAAGAAGGAGACAGUGAAGAGAAUGUUGGAAUGUCUCGGAGUCGAAGAAUCGGUCAUCAAAUCAGCCGACAACAAUCACGGCCUCGAAGGCCCGCUCUUCGCUCUUCGCCUGCAAUUACUUGGUAAAAGAUAUCUAAUCAUACUCGACGAUGUCUGGUGCAAAGAUGACCACGACAUGGAAUUCUAUUCUCUAUUAGACCGGGACGAGAAUUGCUGCAAAAAGCUCGCUUACGGGUUGCCAAAAGGGUGCGGAGGAACGGUGAUCGUGACGAGCAGGGCGGAGGAAUUGGCGAAGAAAAUAGUUGGGGAAGACAAGUUGCAUAGGCUUCUGCUGAUUUUGGAUCCAGAAAGCUGCUGGAAGAUAUUCAAGGACUCGGCUGAGGAAGGUGACAUAAAGUUGUCUAUAGGUUUGGAAAAUCUGAAAGUGAAGAUUAUAGAGAAGUGUUAUGGGCUUCCAUUGCUUGCAAAAAUGAUGGGGAAGAUUGCUAGUGAAAAUCUUCAUGAAAGAACAGUGAUUCCUCAGAGCCAGCAGCAAAGUUGA